AUUACUGUUUUGUCGUCUGUUUUCGAGAAAAACUUGUGUUGGAUAUGCAUAUCUAAUAUAUGUACACUAAUAUUUAUUGUAUAUGUACUCCUUGAGAAAACUUGUCGGGAUCCAAUUUAUAUAGCCUAGUCAUGAUCCUUGGCUAUCAAUAGUCAUUUGUCUAAACAACACUAACAAAAGUGAAAAUAUUCGUAGUGGUGUAGCAAUUUUUAGAAAUAUGACUUCUAGAAGGAAUAAUUGUGUCCUAUUGGCCAAGGUAAAUUUUCCUUUGUACACCCUGCAGAUGUUAACAGGAAGGCAUAUUCUGGUUGGUGGUGGUGGUGGUUCUUCAAAAACUGGAGUUGCCAAUGGAUUUGAAAUAUUUGAAUUGUCUCACAACGGAUCUCAAUUUAUUGCGGAGGAAGUGACCAGACAUGAAACAGGUCCCAGCGUUGUUAUGAACUGUACAACUUACAAUAAUGAAAAGAAAAUUUGGAUUGCAGCUGGUCAGGAAAGUCACUGUCAACUUUACAAUGUAAGUAGUAAAGUAGUGACUGUGAAAAAUGGAGAGGUUAUUAAAUCAACUAGUGAUAAUACUAAGGAAAGUAUUAGACAAAGAAAGAAUAUGGAUAAAGGAGAAGAAACUUAUGUUCCUGAAGAAAGGAUAGAAGAAAUUAAGGAUGACAAUUCAAAUAUUAAAAGUAAAAGACUUCAAUUGAUAGUAAAACCAUUAGACAGUGUACAAACAGAUUUUAGUGAGGUAGAACCACUUCAGAGGAUUGUUAGAAUUAGUUCAAAUGGAAAAUUCAUGGCUACUGGUGGCACAGAUGGUCAUAUAAGAUUAUGGAAAUUUCCACAAUUAUAUAAAUUAAAUGAUCUGGAUGCACAUUUAAAAGAAAUUGAUGAUAUAGAUUUCUGUCCAGAUAGUACAUUAAUUGCAAGUGUAGCGAAGGAUGGCAAAGCAUUUGUGUGGAAUGUAAACAAUGGUUCAAAGUUCAAAGACCUUACUUGGUCACCUCCAAAUGGACUAAAAUAUAUGUAUAAAAGGUGCAGAUUUAGAAAAUUGGAGGAAGAAAAAUCAAAAAUUCAACUUUUUAUGCUUUCUAAUGCUGUAAUUGGAAAGAAUACUAGCUUUUUACAAAUGUGGGAUGUGAAUUCUGGAAAUAUUGUCAAAGCAAUACCCUAUAAAGAAACUCUAUCUGCUUUGGCUGUUUCGGACGAUGGGAAGUUUGUAGCAGUUGGAACCAUGUUUUCUGGUAGUGUGGAUAUAUAUAUUGCAUUCAGUUUGAGGAGAGCUUUGCAUGUACCUGGUGCACAUAGUAUGUUUGUAACUGGCCUAGAAUUCUUACCAACUAAAUUAGAUGGCCCUACUAUUGCUAGUAACACUGAAACUGCAGUUGUUAGCAUUUCUGUGGAUAACAAAAUUUGCAUACAUAGUAUACCAUUUAGGCACACACUACCAUUCUGGUUUGUCAUUAUACUGAUUAUUUUCAGUAUAUGUGGAGCAUUCAUCUUUUGCAGUUAUCUUGGAAUAUGACGUGAAAGAAUAUAUAUUUAAUACUGUCAAAUAUUUUUUCUAGGAUUUUUUAAUGUCGUCGAACUCUCAGACAUUUCUUAUAUUACAAAUUUUACAGAUAAUAUGAAAGAAAAAGUGCAAUAAUUUGUUCGAAUUUUCAAACACGAAUGCACGAUUUUUGUGACAAUAGAUAUAAGACUAUUGUUUAGAAUUUGUUCGAUAUCAAACAAUUAACGUGUAACGUUAAUCAUAUAAUUGAAUCUUCAUUUUUUUAAAAUUAAAACAAAUGAAGAAUUACUGUGAAAUAACUACUUUACUAAAAUAAGUUUUGACUUAUUAAUAAUUGUAAAUAAAUGUUCCUAAAUAAGUUUUUGCUUAGA